CCAUUUUGCCUUUUCCGCUCGGCACCUCCCAAGGCACAGGAUCCAAAUAUGCCUUCGGCGCCGCUCGUCGCGGCUGCCGUCGGCGCGCGCGUGAGCCGCCGCCCGAAUCUCUCCCUCCUCGCCGACCGCUGCGCCACACCUAGUGCCCUAGCCCGCGUGCACGCGGCCAUGAUCGUCUCCGGCCGCCUCGCCGAGGACGCUUUCGCCGCGUCCCGGCUCCUGACCGCCUACGCGGCGCUCUCCCCGGAUCCCGCUGCCGCCGCACUCGCGCUCCUCUCCUCCCUCCCCUGCGCGCCCAACUCCUUCAUGCUCAACACCACACUCCGCGUGCUCGCCUCCUCCCCUGAUCCGGCCGCCGCCUUCCCCUUCUUCUCCCGCCUACGCGUUACUGGUGCCCUCGCACCCGGCCGGCACACCUUCCCCUUCCUCCUAAAGGCCGCCGCGCGCCUUCCGCUCCCGCUCCCCGUCACUGAACAGCUCCACGCACUCGCCGUCCGACACGGGGUCCUCCUCGACGCCUACGUCGCCAAUGGCCUCGUUCGGGGCUACUCUGUGGCAGGCCGCCUCCAGGCCGCGCGCAGGGUGUUCGAUGAAUUGCCCGAGCGGAAUCCGGCCGUGUACACUACCAUGGUCUCCGCGUACGCGCAGAACGGGCGGCAUGAAGACGCGAUGGCAGCAUUCGACGAGAUGGUCCGCGUGGGCUUCGAGCCCUGUGGCGCCACACUGGCAUCUGUGCUGUCAGCGUGCGCGCGCUCAGCGUCGGGCGGGCUCGAGAUGGGCUGUCACGUGCACGACCUAAUGACGGCAUGGGGUGUGCCAGUUAGCACCAUCCUCGGCACGGCAUUGAUCGAUAUGUAUGUCAAAAAUGGUGCGAUCAAGGAGGCGUUUGCAGUGUUGGACGGGCUGCCUGAGCGGCACGUGACGGGUGCAUGGAACGCUCUUAUCUCUGGGCUGGCGCACCAUGGGCACAGAGAGCGUGCACUCAACCUUUUCAGGCAGAUGCAGCAGGAGGGUGUGCCACCGAACGCGACCACACUCGUCGGGGCGCUCUCAGCGUGCUCCCACCCAGGACUGCUGGACGAGGCCCGCAGGCUGUUCAGUUCCAUGGAGAAGGACUUUGGGAUCACUCCAGCAAUCCAGCACUACGGAUGCAUGGUGGACCUCCUUGGCCGUGCCGGCCUCUUGUCGGAGGCAGAGGAUUUGAUACGGGGAAUGUCAUGUGAGGCGGACACCGUGAUAUGGGGAGCACUACUGACGGCCUGCAAGAACCACAGUGGCAUUGAGAUUGCGGAGCGGGCAGCGGUGGAGAUGCUGAAACUAGAUCCCAGUAACCAUGGAGUGUAUGUGGUACUGUCCAACUUGUAUGCCGAGGCUGGUAGGUGGCAGGACGUGGACAAGCUGAGGAAGGAGAUGAAGGGAGCGCGGCUCUCUAAGAUCCCUGGGGCAAGCACAGUUAAUGGUGAUGGGUCACUGGAGCAACCAGAGUCACCACCACCGCAAGGGAAUGUGCUUGUCUAGUUGCCCGGUUGGGGCUUUGUCCUCAUUAAGUGAAGUUCUGCUGCAACUUUGUGACAAUCCCCAGAAAAGAUGAUGCAGCUAGGAGAAUAAAUGAAUAAUGGAUGGAUCAAAUGCAUCUAAGGGAUCAAUAUUAGACAGCUGACAAGUGUAUAGACAAAUACGGAGCACUGCAACACUUCUGAGAAUAUGCAUAUCAUCAUCAUUAGCACCGAAUUACGGCAAUAUUAAUUCGGUAUGGUAAAUAUGCAGAUGAGUUGUCUACAGAGUACAGAGGCCCAAAUUCAGCAUGAUACCAGUACAUCAUCACUCUACUUUGUUGCUAGAAAAUUUCUCCGAGAAAUCAGAGAAAGGGAGGUCCUAUACAAUUGAACCAUCAGCUCAGUUCUGUUCUGCAGCGAAUUCGGUAUUUUGGUUACUAGCAAAGCAGGCUGUAUGAUGGCAUGUCUUCGAUACGGAUGACAUCGUCCAGCAUAAGCUCUCUCUCCAGCUGGGCUCUUGUCGACUUCAGCACUUCCUGGUAGUGGCAUCACAAACAUGAGAUCUGUAGAAGAUUUGCACUUUGAGUUGAAACAUAGGAUGAAAUGUGCAUAUGCAGAACGUACAUUGAAGUCCAUGUAAGACGCGUUCUUGUCCAGCCACUGCUUGUCCAUCACAACAAAUGCAACGCAGUAGAGCAGAUCAAAUGCCCACUCAUCCUCUGGGACAAGGAAAUCAAGGGCAAGUUGUUGGAUACCGAUGGUAUUUUCACGUGUCAGAGCAAAAGACAGAAAAAGUCAACUGUAACAGUCCUACCUGAGAGCAUUUGGAUAAAAAUGGCUCGUACAAAUGUUCUUGGCUUAGCUGUUGUUAACAUUAACAUUGUGUUCAGAAAAUCACAUUUUACAACCAUACCCAGUUGGUAUUGGAGAGUUUGGGUCAAUGCUUACUUGACUGGAGAUCGAGCAUCUGCAUGAUCAUGAAUGUAAUAUUUACACCAGCAACUGCAAAUGGGUACUCCCAUGUGGCUCUGUUACCACACUGUUUCUUUAGAAGUCUCUGAAAUGAGGCCUGUGGAAGUAAAAUAAGAUUGUUACUCACCAGCAAGACUAGAGGACAUUCAAAUAAUGAAACAACCAGUACAUAGUGCUUACGGAGAAUGUCUUGGCAAAGAACAAAAGAUUCUCCAGAGAUAUGAAUCCUGCACCUCUGACACAUGUAUUCAAACGUCACUUGAUUUGGUACUAAAAGCUGCAUGCACUUCCAAAGUUACUCUGAGAAAUUUUGGUUCGGAUUAGUCAUUGUGUACCUAAAGUCAGUUGAUGGGUCUCUUCCUUGCCAACCCAUGUCCUUCCACUGUUCAGAUAUCAAACCUUGAAGUUCUUGAUCAGGGUAUGUUGCAUGCCAAAGAGCUUUCAGGGCUUCCUGUCAUUGUUAGUAGUUGAGUGAGAUAGCAAAAUAAACAGACAUAACUACCCAGGUGCAAAAACUACAGCCAAGCUGAGAAGUCAGCUGUAACAUUUUGCAAAAGAAAUGUGUACUUGCUGAUUUCUGGUAUAUGCAUAAUUUUCAUGAUUUAGUAGUGCAUAAUUAUAUUUUUAUGCUGUACAACAUAAAUAUCCAUGUAUAGAAACUAAUGCCAAACUGAUUAUGUUUAGUUCCUAAUUGCCAUCAUA